AUGAAGCUGUUGGAAAACUCAAGUUUUGAAGCCCUAAACUCCCAGCUGACGGUGGAAACGGGAGAUGCACACAUCAUUGGCAGGUGAGUGGCAAGGCAGCUCCUGAACUGGGCCAUCUUGCCAUGUGGCCCCCAAGGGUGCUUUUCUGCAGCUCAGAGGCCUCUCCAAACUGAGAUACACCCCCACCUCCCCUCCAGCUGAGUCUUGCCUGUCUUCCCUCAGGAUUGAGAGUUACUCCUGCAAGAUGGCCGGGGACGACAAGCACCUCUUCAAGCAGUUCUGCCAGGAAGGGCAGCCCCACGUGCUUGAGGCCCUGUCCCCACCUCAAACCACCGGGAUCAGCCCCAGCAGGUAUGUGCUGUCCCUUCCUCACCCCACACGGAGGAGGCAGAGCUGGCUCAUCAUCACCAGCUUCACUUGGCCUUGCAGGUCGGUGGGCUGGAUCAGAGUUCUGUAAGCCAGGAGAGUCUCACCGUAUAAUUAUUAUUAUUGUUGUUGUUGUUGUUGUUUGUUUAUAUCCCACCCACCUGGCUGGGUUUCCCCAGCCACUCUGGGUGGCUUCCAAUAAAAUAUUAAAAAUAUUGCCAGGGGGAACUCAGAACUUCCUGUUCCCGGCUUGCUGGGGCCGAUGGGAGUUGGGAGUCCAGGAACACUGGAGUCCCCCAUUCUUGGUUUAAUGCUACAUGAAAUGCUGCUUCUGUUCUCUGGAGCAUCCCAGGCCCUGCCCUUUCUCAACUGGUGCUUUGAGGCUGUUGUGUCAAGAUGAUUCCCCACAGCCCAGAUCUUCCUGCACCUUAGCACUGGGAAAAGUACAUGGCAGAUUCCAAGGCCACGGCCUGAUGCCCACGGCUUCCUCCAGGCGGAGGUAACUGACCGCAUCCUGUCCCUUGUGCGCUAGGCUCAGCAAGAGCCAAAGUGGCGAUGAGGAGGGCCCCCUCAGCGACAAAUGCAGCCGCAAGACCCUCUUCUACCUGAUAGCCACCCUCAACGAGUCCUUCCGUCCUGACUACGACUUCAGCGCUGCCAAGAGCCACGAAUUCAGCCGGGAGCCGAGUCUCAACUGGGUAAGCCCCCACCCUGCUAUGAUAAUCUGGCCUUCAGGCCCCACACAAGUCAGCAGAUCUCUUGGCCCUCCUUGUCAUCCCGGGUCUCAUAGCCCCACAUGUGAUAGCAGUUCUCCAGCGCUGCUUUUUGUGUGGAUGCCUGCCAAUUCUUCUCCACCUCCCCCCCCCCCACUGCAUUGAAAAGUGCCAGGGUCCCAGGGAGUGGCUUCUAGAGAAGGUGGGGCAGGAUUUCCUUCACGUUGACCCAAGGGCUCCAUCUCCCUCCCAUUCUUUGCCCUCUUCCCACAGAGAAAAGGGCAUUGUUUGCCCCUGAGAUGCUUGGGGUGGGGAAACAUCCGGCUGGCAUGAAACCCCUCCCUGCGGUUGGUGGUGCUACUGAGGACCUGCUUCCUGCCUCCUAGGAUUUUUGCAGACUGAUGGAAAGGUUACCUAUAUGGGAUGGAUCAGGCCAACCCGUUGGCAUAUCUGGUCCCUUUUCCAGCUUGGAUGCCCCUGGAUCCCACCCAGCUCUCCCGCUGGAACCUGCAUCUGCUGCCCUGGACAGGCCCCACCUGUCUUAUCUCUUGGAGGAUGCCCCUCUGCAGUCCAGCUCAAGACUGGGGCUUCCCUGGCCCCUUCACCUGGUCUAGGACUGGGAGGAGCUGCAUCCGUUCUGUCUACCUGAAGCCUCCCACGCUUGAGCUGCUGCAGGACCAUGCUGUAGCCGCCUGGGGACAGUGCAGGGAUGGUGGGGGCCAAAUGUACACAUGCACCCCCUCCCUCUUUGCAGCACCAGGCCCUCACCAAGCUCCCCUCUGUGUCUGUUUCAGGUGGUGAACGCUGUGAACUGCAGCCUCUUUUCUGCUGUGCGGGAGGAUUUCAGCGCCCUGAAGCCCCACCUGUGGGACGCUGUGGACCAGGAGAUCUGCCUCUCGGAGUGUGACAUCUACAGGUGGGCUCCCAGUGCUGCUCUCGGGCACCAAGGGGUGGGUGGGUGCUGCUUUGCUAGCAGCCUGCUCUGUGGAACACCCUCCCACCAGAUGUCAAGGAAAUAAACAACUGUCUGUCUUUUAGAAGGCAUCUGAAGGCAGCCCUGUUUAAGGAAGUUGUUAACGUUUCAUGUUUUAUUGCAUUUUUAAUAUUCUGUUGGGAGCUGCCCAGGGUGGCUAGGGAAACCCGCCAGAUGGGUGGGGUAUAAUAAUAAAUAAUAAUAAAUUUUAUUUAUAUCCUGCCCUCCCCAGCUGAAGCCGGGCUCAGAGCGGCUAACAAAUUAUUAUUAUUAUUAUUAUUAUUAUUAUUAUUAUUAUUAUUAUUCCGCUUUUUCUGCCAAUGUAGCUACAACCCGGACCUGGACUCGGACCCCUUCGGAGAAGAGGGCAGCCUGUGGUCCUUCAACUACUUCUUCUACAACAAGCGGUUGAAGCGGAUUGUCUUUUUCACCUGCCGUUCCAUCAGGUCAGGGUCCCUGCCAAAGUGGCAGGUUUCGAGGCCUCCCCACCCCCUGCUCCCUGGGUCCCCUUCCUGGUCCAAAGGGCAGCUUGAGGCCUUGGGAGACAUAAUGUGGUGGGCUUCUCUUUCUGCAGUGGCUCCACAUACCCUCACCCCGAAGCGGGAAAUGAGCUGAACAUGGAUUUGAGCGAGGAUGAUGCGGAGGAGGAGGAGGCGGCCGGCCCCCGCGACGAGGACGGGGCCAGCAUUGAGGAGGAUAGGUGAGGGGGCUUGGUGUCAGAAGCCCCUGUGUGCCUGCUCCCCCCACUGGAGUUUGCCAGAGCUGGAAAAGGCCUAAGGGUCCCAGCUGGGGACAGCAGCAACCUCUGUGUGGCCUGCAGCUCAGGUGGUGGCCCCUCCUGGGAGCGAGGUGCUGGGUGGGCUUUGCUUCUCCCUGUGGCUGGAGACAAAGGCCGUGGGGUGCUGAGGACCUCCUUUCCUGUCUGCAGGAGACAAGUGAUCUGCAUGUGA